CUGGUAUUUUGCUUGUAAACAAAACACAAUUUUCCGGUCAAGCGAUCUUUUUCGAAUUUUUCGGCUAAUUCAUUGAAAUCUAGCUAACUUAUUUAAUAUAAAAAUGUAUGAGGACGAUUUUGCUUUAUGCGGUUUAAUGUUUACUUACAUCUGCUCGUUGUAUAGGCGUUUAAAAGAUGAAAGGCAUUCAUCGUCGCAACCAGUGCGACCGCAGCCUACAAGGCAAUAUUUGACUCGCAGCAGAAAGUCGAAGCCAAAACUAGGUUAUUUUGAAAUAGUGUUUCUUCAAAUGAAAGCAAAGGAUAAUGAAGACUUCUUCAUGAGCACUCGUAUGAAUGUUUCGCUUUUUGACUCGCUUUUAUCUUUGGUUGGUGAUGAAUUAAAGCGGGUAGUAUUACCAGAGGAAAUCUCAACUGAGGAGCGUCUUGCCAUAACUUUGUUACAUUUAGCAAAGGGUGUUUCCUAUCAGUAUUUAACACAACUUCACAAACUUGAGAGCGAAGAAGCGGCUCGCGAUGUCGUAUUCAAAACCUGUUCAGUAUUAUGGAAAGUUUUACAGCCUAUUUUCGUAACAGAGCCAACUGAGUCUGAGUAUAAAAAUAUAGUAAAAAAUUUCAACACGAAAUGGCAUGUGCCCAAUUGUGUUGGUGCUAUAACGAGUAAGAAAAUAGUACUAAUCAAGGCAAGACCAAAUGGUGAGUCGAAGUACAAGAAUCUCGUUAUAUUGGCGACAUGUGACCAUAACUAUGUAUUUACAUCAAUCACCGUUGUUAAAAACGGCGAAUUCGAAGCAAGGUCUUUCGGUCAGAAGCUAAUGGAUAAUGUGUUGUCGCUGCCCGAACUUGAAGUAUUCGAUGAAGAUCAGGUACAAUUUCCCUAUUAUUUCGCAGGUGAUUUAGGUUUGCCUCUGCGUAAAAAGUUAAUGCGUCCAUACCCUGGUCUGGCGCAAAACCUUCAGCGAAGAAUUUUCAACUAUCGUUUGUCUCGGGCGCAUCAGGUAAUUGAGAAUGCUUUUGGUAUUUUGACCGCCCGCUGGCAAAUAUUUGGCAAGCCAAUAAACGCAUCAUCAGCGAAUGGUGAAAAUAUAGUGCUGGCGGCGGUAGCACUGCAUAAUUUUGUAAUGCUAAGUGACAAAACGCAUUUGAAAGCAAAACUUAUGUACUAUCCCGAAAAGUAUGCAGAUUGGGAGGAUGGAGAUCACUCAAUCAAGGAAGGGCGCUGGAGAGCAGAUAUGAAGAAUACUCUAGGUUCCGCACUUUUGUACUCCGUAUGCUCCCUUAAUACAUCAAGUAAAUCCGCUUUCAACCAAAGGGAUGAACUUGCUGAAUACUUCGAGUUUGAAGGAUCAGUGGAGUUCCAAGGGGAAUUCGUAAGAAAAUUAAUUAAAGAGAAUAAAAAUGAGGGUGAUAGAAGUACAUAAGGUAGCAUUAGCAACCGAGGACAAAAAUUAUCGUUGCAUUUAGGUAGUGAAGCGCAUACAGCAUGCAACUCAUUUUUAAUAAAAAUAACUACAAAUAA